AUGGAGGACAAGACGUUCACCAAAGAGCUGGACCAAUGGAUCGAACAGCUCAAUGACUGCAAGCAACUCAACGAGAGCCAAGUGCGCACCCUGUGCGAGAAGGCAAAAGAAAUCCUAACAAAAGAGUCAAAUGUUCAAGAUGUAAGAUGUCCUGUAACAGUUUGCGGAGAUGUGCAUGGCCAGUUUCAUGAUCUCAUGGAGCUCUUCAGAAUUGGAGGGAAAUCUCCAGAUACCAACUAUUUGUUCAUGGGAGACUAUGUGGACAGAGGGUAUUACUCUGUGGAAACAGUGACUCUUCUUGUAGCAUUAAAGGUUCGUUACCCAGAGCGCAUCACAAUACUGAGAGGGAAUCAUGAGUCUCGACAAAUUACUCAAGUUUAUGGUUUUUAUGAUGAGUGCCUACGAAAGUAUGGAAAUGCAAAUGUAUGGAAAUAUUUUACAGAUCUAUUUGACUACUUACCAUUGACGGCUUUAGUUGAUGGACAGAUUUUCUGUCUCCAUGGAGGGCUCUCCCCAUCUAUUGAUACAUUGGAUCACAUCCGUGCUUUGGAUCGCUUACAAGAAGUUCCCCAUGAGGGCCCUAUGUGUGACCUUUUGUGUGGUCCGAUCCUGAUGAUCGUGGUGGCUGGGGUAUUUCUCCAAGAGGUGCUGGCUACACUUUUGGACAAGAUAUCUCUGAAACUUUUAAUCAUGCCAAUGGCCUCACUUUGGUGUCACGAGCUCAUCAGCUGGUCAUGGAGGGCUACAACUGGUGUCAUGACAGAAAUGUGGUUACCAUUUUCAGUGCACCUAAUUACUGUUAUCGUUGUGGAAAUCAGGCAGCUAUUAUGGAACUGGAUGAUACCCUUAAAUACUCCUUCCUUCAGUUUGACCCAGCUCCUCGACGUGGAGAGCCACAUGUUACUCGACGCACUCCUGACUAUUUCCUAU